GUCCUCGUCGUGGCAAUGAAUCUGGAGGAAUUUCAAAAUAUUUUCCUGAUGACAUGUUAGCUCCAAACAUUCGACAUCCUAAAGAAGUCACUGUAAGAGUGUACAAGGCUGAGAAUUUACGUGUAGCACCACGUUCUGAUCAUAAACAAAAAAAAGUUAGCCAGAAAUGGAAAUGCGUUAUUCUAGGUGGAAAAAAGAAAAUAAGUACAGAUUGCGUCUACGCAUCGGAUGGUAAUCCUGUUUGGAAUUUUGAAACUACAUUUAAAAUUGCAACUAGGGGAGAUCCGGUUGUCCUCUUAGUUUCCGAUUCUGAGGAUAAUCAUGUCGGUCAGGUAGUUGUACCUGGAGUUACAAUCCCACCAAGACCGACAGAUCCUUCUGUUAGUCUUACGGAUAAUUCCCGAUUAUGUAUCAUGGAGAUGGAACAAACAAAAAAGACGGAGAUUGGCUUUGGAAGACUUUAUUUCUGGAUUUGGGUGGAAGAAUACCGUAGCGAUGAAACUAAGAGCAGGAGCGCCAUGGGGUCGAUCCUAAGCUUGUCGAGCUUACAUCUUCAUAAAGACAAAGGUUCAACACCUAACUCAUUAAAUUAUAGUGGAAGUGUCAUAAGUUUAUCAUCAAAUAAUGAUGAGCAUAAGAAAAAGAAACGAUGGUAUAAGAAAGUAGCCAAUCAUACUUUACAUGUGCCUGCUGCAAUUCGACAAUCACGUUCACCUUCGAGUUCAGUGUUGAAUACAAAGCCAAUGAAUAAUGGUUACAAUCCAUUUGAUUAUUAUCAACAAAAUUUAAAUGAAGAAGACGGAGUCAUUGAAGAAAAGGAUGGAAGUGUACUUGGAGCUUAUAGUGAAUUAACAGCUAAUUCAUUAUCAUCCUCAUCUGCAUUUGCUACAAAUCAAUUAAAACGCCGAAAUUCAAUGCAUCCAAGUAAAAGAAGUGGAUCAAUUGCUUCAAAUAUUGAUAUUAGUAUGAAAGAUUCAGAUGAACAGUUAAAAAAUAAACCGGAAUUAUUAAGAAUAGCACCAAAAUGUGGUCCAUCUUCAGGUGGUACUGAGUUAACAAUUUAUUGCCGUUUCCUCACGACUGAAAUAAUGAAGCGAUCUACUGUUUUUGUUGGUGACCAUCCAGUUUCUCGAGAUGACUGGUUCCUGGAUGAGUCAAGUCAAUCUGAUCUAUCGCAGUUACGUAUCCAUAUGCCUUCGUUACAGCCUGGACGUUAUUCUGUUUAUAUUGAUAGUGUGGAAUUUGGACGCGUUCUUUGCAACCAGGAGUUUACCUAUCUUCAUUCGGACGUAAAUUCAAUCCAAUCACCUAGAAGUAGCUUAGCUGUUUCAUCAAUGAAUGAAUCAACUAACAAAAUUAUUAACAUUACUCCAAAAACCAAUACAUCUGUUGAGGAGACUGACGGCAGUGUUGUAUUCAAUCGUAUGGGAUCUCAGAGAAGUAAUAUUAUAUUGGUUGAUCGGCGUAGUGGUCGUCGUGAACGUUCAAGACCCGAAGCAUUAGGCAGAUCAGAUUCAUUGAAUAGUUCUAUUUUAGGCAAUUCAUCUAAAAUGGGAGCGACAAAUCAUGAUAAAGUUGAUACUAUGCAUAAAUAUACCAACAGAACAAUAAAUACUCAUGUCAGUGAUCCAAGUAAAGAGUUAUCAAGCCAAGGUAAACCUUAUAAUAAUGUUGAUGAUGAUCUUAAUAAAAAUUUCUAUGAAACUGAUCAUAAGCCUGUUACUGUUGAAAUUUCCACCUAUAUUCUACCUAGUCCAAUACAUUUUAAUCGUGUUGGUUCACAACGUGGUGAAUUAAAGUUACAUGAUCGACGUAACAGUUAUAAUAGUAAUUGUCAUCAUCCUCGGCGUACUCCAGUGAAAACAACUAAUGAAGAAGAAGUGAAAGAAUUAGGCAGUUCAGUUGAUGUUCAAAAGUCUACUUCACUUUCAUCAGUUAUACUAGAUGAUAGGCGUAAUGAAACUGAAAAUUUUGUCAGUAAUCAUGUAGUAUUAUUGAACAAAUCAGAAAAUAAGAUGGAAAUAAGUGGGAAAAAUUCACCAGAUUUUCAAGAGGAAAUGUCAUCUUUCAAUCCAAUUUCAGAAUUUUCCAUUGAUAAUGAUACAGUUUCUUCCUCUACUUCUGAAAUAUCUUCUAAUGAACAAUUUAAUUCAUGUUUGGAUAAUUCAGUCAUAACGAACUCUAAUGUCCUAUCGAAUGUUUCUUUAUCUCGAAUACCGGAAGAGUCAGAAAAUAACACGAAACUCAAUGAUUCACGUGAAGCAACUGAUUUUCAAGUUGCUCAUAAUAAAAACGCUAUCCAGUUAAAAAAAUUGAUUGAAGAAAACCCCUAUCAAAAUUCUAUGGAUAUUGGACCUUCCACUGGUGAAUCAAAUUUAUGUUUGUUAGUUACUUAGAUAAUAUUGAGUCUGUUUAAUUUAAUAUUAAGUGGUUGGAGAUAAUUGAUAGGAAGUCAUACUUGGAAAACGCUUCAUACUAGUCGUCAAAUGACAUUCACAGUGUUUAUGACACUGAUGCUCACUAUGGUAUUGGGACUUACGUCACUGAGUGCUAACUUUUCUGAUAUCGCUUGAUUUUGGUUAAAAUUCCAUGGACAUAUCAGCUCUUUCUAGAUUUCAGACAUGCUUUGUUAAAGAGUUGAAACUAUUAUGAAGCAUUAGUUAAUCACGAGUUCGUGAUGAUUGGGAUUUGACAGCAAGAUAUAAUGUACGAGAUGUCUAGUCAUUUAGAUUGGUGACUAUAUUUCAACUUCGUCGGUAGAAUUCAGUCAACACAAUGGAGGAGUGAAUAACCAUUGUGUUGAUCAUUAAAUAAUGAGUAAAUAGUAUAGUUUAGAUCAACUGUAAGAAGUAUUAUAAAUAUGAAUACACAAGCUUAAAAUGCUGGGAAAAAUUAUUAGAUUUUGAAAUUUGUUCGGUUUGAAUUUAGCUUUCAACCUGAACUGAAACUGACCGUAGAAUUAUUGAAAUUCACAAUUGAUUCUGUUGUUUUCUGCUUUUCAACUCUCCAUACGGUAUAUCGAUCCCACAAUUCUGAUAAGAAGAUUAAAUAAGUAAGAGGAUUUAGUUGUUAAAAUGAAUUAUGAUAUGCACAAACUAUGAUGACACACGUACAUGUCUUUACUGCUCAUUCAAUGAUAUAUAAGCUGAAAACAUAACUAGGUGUAUAAUCGACUUAUUUCUGUAGCGUUCCCCAUUUACAACUUCUAGCCUACAGUUUUUGAGUUUGUGAUGUCGCUUGCGCUCAGUCACGAAAUAUUAUUCGAUUCUCUUAACCUGUCACAAUUUGAAACUAUGAUAUAGCACCUAUUCAGUGCUCCAUGAUUUUUUAAUAGUUCUCUAUACCUUAACCCUUUUACCAAGUACAUAUUUGUAUAACGAGCUUCAAGUUACACAAUUAAACUGUGUUAUUAUUCAUGCUACUAAUCGAUUGACCAAAUUAAAGUAAAUGAAGUGAGUUUUGGAACCUUAAAUUUAAUAGUUUGUUAUAAAGUCAAUCUCUUAAUUGUUUAUCGUUAACUUCUAAGCUUAAUGUUGGAGAGUGAGAGAGAGAAAAAACAUACACUUUGUAUUCAUGGAAUUAUAAAUAUUUUUGACUAUCGUUUUUGUGAGUCUGUUCUUUAUGUAUAAUCUCUAUAGUAAUUGGUUAGGAUUUUAAUGAAUUAUGUCAACCUUCAGUUUUCUUUUAACUAUGAGAGCGGUCAAUUGUCUCAGAAACAAUAAGCAACUAAUUAAUUAUCAAAUUUUUGUCUGUAUACCUUAUAUAUGAUUGAAUUUUUUUAACGCUUUUAAUCAUAAUUAACAGCUUGUUUUUUUUUUGUUUCUAAGACAUUUUUGUUUAAUUAAUUAAAUUUAUCAGUAUAAGGGAGGGGGUAUGUAGAUAGUUAAGUUUUAAUCUAACCAAAACUAUUCUUAAUUAAAAUUUUGCCUUUAAAUUAGAUCUGAAUCAGGUUUCUUAAAUGAUUAUAAUGAAUUGGUAUUAGAAGGGGUCUUUUGUGGAUAUUGUAGUAAUUUUAGUAGUUAAGAUCAUAAGUCAAUUGUGGUCAGACCACUAUAGAAAACCUGGAAAUACUAGAAAGCCGCUUCGUCCUAUUGUGGGACUUCUCAACAGUGCACAUCCACUAUCCCUCCUCGCAACAUUCGAACCCAGGACCUAUCGGUUUCGCGCGUAAACGCUUGAUCUCUAGACCACUGAGCCGGUAUCCAAUGGUUUUACUAUAGUAUCCGCAAAAAGCCCUUCCGAUAUUAAAGAACAUAUGCUCACUUGUGACUGGCUUUAAGAGGUAUUUCCUGGAGUUCUAGUGAGAAGCAGUGACUAGUGGAGUUGAGAUGGUAACACACUGAUGAAAAUGGUGGAUAUGUUACUCAAUUUCAUGGAUGAGUUGAAGUUAGACAUUAACACCGUUGAAUGCCGGUCGGCUCGGUGGUCUAGUGGUUAAGCGCUGAUGUGUGAGACUGAUAAGUCCUGUGUUCGAAUCCCGUGAGAUGGGAUCGUGGAUUCGCACUGUUGAGGAGUCUUACAGUAGGAAGAAGUGACUUUCUAGAGCUUUCAGGUUUACUGUGGUGGUCUAGCUUCAAUUGACUAAUGAUCUCAACUAUUGGAGUUACUAUAAUCAAUUAGAUUUAGUGUCAUUAAUUAUGAUUAUUAUCAUUGUAGUUGACAUCAUUAAUAUUUUCUUGUUGAAUCAAAUUUAAUUUCAGUUGCAUUUUAUCAUUAUACUAUGAAUCUGAUGUGAAUUCUACUAGUUACAUAAACAUUUAAUUCUAUUUCUCAUGUUUUGUGUUAUUAACCUGUAUUGUACAUGUAAACUUCAAAUUAUUUUUUGUUAUCCGCUAUAGAUAAUGAGAUUUAAAAUUUGUAAGCCAUUUAUAUGAUUGAUCUAUAAUGGUGGAGAUCAAUCAGCUUAAAAAAACUGAUUUUCAAUCAAUGACAGCAUCACAAGUUCGAGUCUUUCUCCAUAUAUUUUAUCAUCCGACAGUGCGUGGUUUAAAGUCAUUUAUGUUUAAAUUUGUAGGUUACAUUGACAUUUGUCAUUAAUCAUUAUUGUUGAUAGCAAUGACUGAAAUUUGCAAUGUAUAGGUUAACCUUGUUACUGUCUAUAAGAAUAAGUAAUUUUAAGACUUCAUCUGAUCAUAACAAAUGGAUUAAUUAAAAGUGUUGACUAUUUCAUUUAUUUUUUUGGAAUUUUAUUAAUAUUGAUAGAAUAGUGGCUAAAAAAUAGUUCUCAGAUAAAAAAUGAAGCUCAUAUAGCUUUUGUCAGUUGAUAUCAUCUAUAAGUUUCCAUUUAUGAAAUUGAUUUUCAACUAAAUUUUUUCGAUUAUGAUUAAUGUUAUUACAAAGCAUUCAAAACCUGAGUGAAUUCAUAUUCUAACUUACAACCGAACACUUAAAAGUCAAACAUUUUCAUUAUUAAUCUCUUAUUCCUUAUUUUACAAGUUAAUUUAGUCAAACUAAUACUUGUUAAACCCUUCCUUCAUUGAUCUUACUUAACAAUUGAUCACUUCUUAACGUACAGUUUAUUUUCAUUAUUUAUAAAACUAAAUAACCUUAAACCGAAAUCUCAUGCUUAAUUCAAUUACGAUCAGAUUUAAUAUAUACUCAUUCAUCAGAUUAUCAUUUGAUAAUGGAUUCUCAGUAUGCUAUCAAUCUACUUGUCUUUCAUUUAGUACAAUAUAGAAUAUGCAUAUACAUUUAAUAAUUUGUAAUGCAAUAGCAUUAGAUAAAAAUAUUCC